CAAUGGACGUCACGCCGUGUUGACGUCACCGCGGAGCCACGCUGCACAGUUAUGGAGCCGUAUGGAGCCAGUCCAAACAACUUUUCCAGAGGAACUGCACACCACAACGCGUCCAGUCGUCCAUCAAAGUGCUGAGAUUUACCAAAGUAGCAGAAAACAUCAGCCGAACACGUGACGAAAAGUUAGCUUAACGACUUAAUUUUGCUUUUGAGUGUAUAAUUCAGUUCUUUUCUUACUAUAUAGUUAUUUCUCCUUACAACUGUCGUCUCUUUUUGGAAGUUACGAUGAGGAGUCUGCGGUUGUUGUUCCUCGUCGGGCUGGCGUCUGGGUUUAUCAGUGAAAAACUCUUUGUCUCCUCCUUUUCCACAUCAGAUGACAUAUACCUAGAGGGCCGAACGUCAGGUGACCUCCCCAUAGAUGAUGAAGAUGGUGAUGACGGCGGAUCAGGCUCUGGAUCCGGAGGCUUUGAUGAAGAGAUAUUCAGGAGGUUCACUAACUUCUCUCAGACCACAGUCUCCAAAGAAACGGUUCCAACUCAACCACCGCCAGCAGCAGACUCUCCUCACAACCCAUCAACUACAGCAGCAACCAAAGUGAAGGACACAGAGACAACACCAUUCAUAUUAACUAAUGGGGACAGCAGUGAUGAAGAGGUGACAGCUGAUUGGUUUACAGAGAGCUCCACCAGCAAGCCUCCCAGUGAAACUACUGCAACCAAAUUCGGCAUAGACAUCACUGUAAUCAAUGAUAUCGUCGAGGAUAACAGUCAGGAUAGGUGGAAUGUCUCAACACCCAAAAACCACGAAGACGAAGUCCUGAUUGCAGAUCGCGAAAAUGAUCUUAAGGCCACCAACGGCAAAGGCAGAAUAUAUGAGAUGGACUCUCCGGCAGAGGUGACCUCUGAGAACAUGUGGGAAAGGACGGAAGUGCUGGCAGCGGUGAUAGCUUGCGGAGUGGUUGGAUUCCUCUGUGCUGUUUUCCUUCUCCUCCUAAUUGCCUACCGUAUGAAGAAGAAGGACGAAGGUAGCUACAACCUGGGAGACACCAAAGAUUCCACAACAGCCUAUCAGAAAGCACCUACCAAGGAGUUCUACGCCUGAACUGACCAGUAGGGACUUUAAAUGGAGUGUGUCUCCUCCCAAUCAGGAAAUAAGAAUGGAUCUAUAAACAACUGAAGAUGAUCCCUCUUGAUGAAGUUUGAAGACAAGCACCUCUGUUCUUCUUCAAUGCUCUCACCAUUAUUAUUUUUUCUCAUCUUCCUCUUCUAUUCUUUCACAUCUCAUUGGACUUGGUUCUGCAUUACAGAGGAAUUGAUUGUCCCAUUUAGCAGAGCUACAGCCUGAAAUGUCCCAGCUCAGCUUAACAACAUUGAGGAAGUUCACAGAAACAUAUGAAUUGCCUUAACACAUUUUGAAUGCUGUUAAUUGAAAUGGUACCACAUAUGGGGUUAGUAUUACAAAGGUCCUUCACAAAUGUAAACCCUUUUCCUGUUAUUUGAGGUCAAAUUUGCUCUUUUUUUUUUUAAACAUUUUUCAUUGUUGCAUUUCAUUUUCUGUACGCUUUCUUCGCUGAAUCGAUGAUUUGUUUUUGUUGUUAUGAGGAAUUUUUCAUAUGCUGUCCAGUAUUUGAAUGAGAGAUGAUGUUUCUCUGCAGGUACAUAUUUUUGUUGCUUUCUUACAGAUUUCUGACACUUGUAGAACUGACCAAAUAUAAAUGUGCUUUAAUUGUCUUUUGGAAAAUUAUUUUUACUAGCCUUUUCAAUGUGUUUUGAUGUUUUAGAGAUUAUAUUUCCGUAAGCCAUUUUUUAAGAGAUUUCAGCUAUUGUAUUCAUACAGUGGUUGCCGUAUGUUGGCCCUCAACUUUGCAUCCAGCAUUAGUCAUAUUUUAAGGACUAUUUUAUUUGAUGACUGAGUGCAGCAAGCACGUGUAACAGGAUUCCUCAGGUAAAGCCAAGGCUAAUGACUAUAAUUCAGAAACCGUAAAAGUUACCAACGAUUUCUGCCAAAACACAACACAUUCCUUUCUGACUGUCAAAUGCAUACAGCUACCAUAGCAGGUUUGGACUUAAAGGGACAGUGAUAAUGUAACUGACAGGAUUAUCAAAAAUCUGUAAUUUAUUCAUGUCUUACAAAUUAUUUUCAAAUAGUUACAAUGUUAGGUAGUGUAGGCAUGUCAGAUUUUGCCUCAACCAGCCAACCAAAGGGAGCAUGGGACCUUCUAGAGAAUUUUAGAGAUAUUCCCUUUUCACAGCACAUCAUUGUUAUGUAUACACCCUGUUAAACAAAUUAUUUAAGUGAAAAUAUCAGGGAUUUGCCCUAUGUAUAGUGUCUGAUGAAUUUUAAGCAUCUACCUACUGCUUUUUAUGAGUCAAAAAACUAAACUUGCUGAUCAGUGGUCGAUGCAUACAGAGAGGUGGGGCUAAGUGGUUAAACUAUCUAAUCUAAUUGAAAUUAUAUUGUUUUGUAUUUCUAUGGCUUUGACUUUUAAAUGUUAAAUAUGUAUAGGCAUUCUUAUAGGAUUGUAAUAGCUAUUUUUGUUUGUUGCCCCUGUCUGUUGCAAAAUUUGUAGCAGCAGUUUUUGUGCCUAUUAACUGUUUGAUUCCCUUUAUUUUUUGUCCUUUAGUCAAGUCUACUUAAUAGUGUUUACAUGAUAUAAAUACAUUUGCCAUAAUUUAAAAUACGUAUUAUUUUGAAGCAAUUCUAGAAUAACAGAAUGCAAGCUAACUAUUCACCGUGGCUGGAAUAAACAAGACAAUUUUAUCACUACUAACCUACUGUGACUUACUGUUGAUAACGUAAAAUUUGUUGAGCACUUGAAUCCUCCGUGCCUCACAAAAUACAUUGUAUACCUUCAUUUACAGUUGCUUUGACCUGUUGAGCUGUACAGAACCUCAACUGGAAUGUUUCUGUUCCAGUGUGAUCGAGGAAAAACUGACAUUUCUGUUCUCCAUACCAACAGAAAAAACAUAAUAAACCCUACUCAUAGAGGGUUAGGACAACAGGUUAGCACUUGCCAGCAAUCCAACAGGUGAUGACACACUAAGCGUUAUCUUCUAGAAUCUUUGUAAGUUUAUACAGUAUGUUGAUGAUACUAUAAUUUAAAUGUAUUAAUUUAUACUUGCUUAGACUAUAAUCCAAGUUAUGUCAGUGAUUUAUUGGGAUUGUACAGUAUUUACUCAUGAUUGAAGCCUCUUUGUGCCUACUGCUCAGUUUUUGUUUUUAAAUAUAUGUUUUCCGUGUAUUUGAUGAGACUCGGUUAAUUCAUUUUCAUUAUCAGUUGUCUAGCUUUUUUAAAAUACUUGUUUUCAUAUAAAGACAUUUAAUAAAUGAAUAAAGUAGAA